AUGCCGUGCGCCACGGCCGUGAUCACAGGCAGUGCUAAAAGCCCACAUCGACCGGCCCACGACACUGGCCCCCGACUCAGCAGGCGCCAUGGUAUGGUGCCUACUUCUCAAGCGAUUUCUGAGGCCCGCCUGGACUAUUGGUCUGGGCCAGAUGCCCGGGAUGCGACGCUGGAGCAGCUCCGCAGCACGGUCACUGUCACGGGGCGAGACUCGGAGCAUCUCACCCUUCCGCGGAAACGGACCCCCGGCGCGACAAUGGCCCGCAGGUCCGAGGCUCUGCGGACCAACUCCGCACAAAAUGCGACGACGACCUUCAAGUGCUGCUACCCCACGCACGUCCUCUCACGCUCUCGAUCCCAAGCCGCCCUCGCCCCGGCGCUGUCCCUGAUCGCCGGCCUGCCCCCGCCGGCCAGCGAAAACGACCACCGCCUCCGCCUGCACGUCUUCUCCAACGGCGGCGCCGCAACCCUGCACCGCCUCCUCGCCCUCCUGGGCCCCGCCGCUCUGCCCCCGCACGUCGCCGUCUUCGACUCCUGCCCCGCCCCUUUUCGUUUCCGCAGGACCCACGGCGCCCUCGCGACGGGGCUGCCCUGGCCGCUGGCGCCGGUGCUGUACCUCUUGCUGGCCAUCUACUCGCUCCUCCACGUGCCGCUGCGCCGCUCGAGCUCCCUCGACCGGGCGGCGGCGGCGCUCAAUGAGGAGCGGGUCACUGCGACCGAGCUGCGGCGGACGUAUGUAUACAGCGCGGACGACAAGAUGGUCGGCUGGAAGGAUGUCGAAGCGCACGCCGACGAGGCGGCGGCUGGAGGGCUGGACGUGAGAAGAGAGCGGUUCGUGGGCAGCGGACAUGUGGCGCACGCCCGGAUCGACUCUGCGCGUUAUUGGAAGGUCGUCACGGAGACGUUUAAGAAGGCAGCAUGA